UUGAAUUGACAACCCCUCUUGUUUGAAUGGGGGCUGUUGGUAUGGUCCAAGGGGGGCUUUUUUACUGUACAGCCUUGUUGGAUACUAGCUCACAGAUAGGCCACCUGCAGUUUGAUACAAGAUGAAGAAAUUUCUACACAACAAGAAAGGCAGAUACUCUUUCAGGAACCAGAACAAGCCUGCUGUUCCUCGCUAUCCAUCUAAAGAUGACUUCAUUGCGAUGCCGACAUCCAAUCAGGGCUGGCCAGAGGAGUUUGGCUUCCAUCUACGAGGAAGUGGUCCUAGCUACAUCCUGUCUGUGGAGGAGGGGAGCAGUGCCUACCUGGCGGGGCUGCAGCCAGGUGACCAGGUGCUGGAGAUCGAGGGCCAGAAUGUGUCCACACUGGGAGUCCAGGCUGUCAUCUCUAUCGCUCAGACCCAGAGGAACAUCCCUCCCAGCGUCGGAGUGGUGUCUCGCAUCCAGCAGAUGGACAUCACCCCGGGUCCUGACGGUCGUUUCGGCUUCACCAUCGUGGGAGACUGCCCCCUCCUGGUGGAGGACUGUUCCCCCUGCUCUCCGGCGGGACGGGGUGGCCUGCGGGCCGGUGACUACGUCAUGGAGGUCAACGGGAUCCCGGUGAGGCAGCACGAGAUGGCGGCGGCGCUGAUCAAGGCGUCCCAGGGGCGUACGCUGAGGCUGGGAGUGCUGUGUCUGGGGCCUAGACAGAAAGUACGCAGCAGUGGGAGUAUGGAUGGGAUACAGCCUGGAGGAGACGGGAUGAGGAAGGACCGCAAACACAAGGCCCUGGAGUUCAACAGGAAGAUUGACCAGAUUUUGGGGGAGGAGCCUGAGGUGAAGGAGAGGCUGUUUGCGGUGCUGAAGCAGUAUGCUGCGGAGAAGAAGGUUGAUUGGCUGGCCUCUGUCCUCCCAGACAUCCUCACCACUGACGAGCAGCAGACGCUCAUCGGCAACAUUAGGUACCGGAGUCUCUGCUCUCUGGGUAUCAUCCAGACUGUGUUCAGUGGUGAAGUGGGCAUUGAGCCUAAUGGAGAGGUGCGAGCGGUAAGCCACCAGAUCUCCAGUGCUCCCCCACAGCCCGGUUCGGACCUGUGGCCUGCACUCCUGGAUGGGGCCGGGCUAAAGUGGGCAUUUCAGCCUGGAAAGAAGUUGGUGCCAAGGCUGACGCACCAGAGCUUCCAGUGCUCCCCCCCACAGCCCCGCCCGGAGCCGCCAGAAGUUCGCCCUCCAACCCGGAGCCGCCAGAGUCGCCCUCCAGCCCAGAGCCCAUCCAGCCAGAGUCGCGCCAUCCAGCCCAGAGUUCGCCCUCCAAGCCCGAGCCGCCAGAGUUCGCCCUUCCUGUGGAAAGCCGCCAGAUUCGCCUCCUGUCCGGAGCCGCCAGAGUCGCCACUCCUGGUCCGGAGCCGCAAACAGGGUCGCCCUCCUGUCCGGAGCAGCCGCCAGAGUCGCCCUUCUGUCCGGAGCGCGCCAGAGUCGCCCUCCAGCCCGGAGCCGCCAGAGUCGGCCCUCCCAGCCCGGAGCGCCAGAGUCGCCCUCCAGCCCGGAGCCGCCAGACCUUCGAGCCGAGAUCGCCCUCCUGUCCGGAGCCGCCAGAGUCGCCCCCUCCGCCGUCGCCCUCUCCGCGAGUGCCCUCCUGCCGCGCCCAAGCCUCGCCGACGCAGGAUCGCCCUCCUGCUCCGCGAAGCCGCCAGAGUUCGCCUCCUGCCGGAGCCCCCGCCAGAAGCGCCCUAG